AUGUUAAUUGGACAGGACCGCUCCGGAAAAACCAGCUUAGCGAAAUCUCUCAAAGGAGAGCGAUUCAACUCGGAGGAGGACAGCACCAUAGGCAUAGACGUUGAUCCUUCUCAUUUCAAAGUGUCAACUGAGGUUUGGAAACCAGGAGAGAAAGACCAACGAAAAAAAUUUGAGAGGGCAUGUUCUUAUGAGCAUCAUGCAGCGCGCUUGAUCGUCCAAACUUUGAGUGAGGAAGAAAGCGCUCUCGAAGAAGAGAGUCUAGAAUCUGAUCUGAUUGAACACCUUGUGCCGGUGGAGUCAGUCAAGAUAAGCGAGCGCGAAGAUAUCAUUUCAUCAUGUGCACGAGAUGAGAAUAUGGUAGAUAGCUGUUCACAAUUUGAAGGGGACAUAUAUCCCAUACCUGCAGCUUCAGUAGCAACUAACACAAUCAGCCAUGACUCCGUUUCCUACUCUGAGGGUGAGAACUUACCUGGGGGUUCGGAUUCCAUCUCUGUGUCACGCGAUCACACAAUCAGCAAUCAAAGCCCUACUGGCGAUAUCCGAACUGUGCCAGAUGAUGUUGCAAGUUUAGUUGAAGUUUUCUUGCGAGAUGAUAAUGACUUAGAACGCGAAGAGGAUAUAUAUUCCGUUUUGUGGGAUUUUGGCGGACAGACAGUUUACUACAAUACCCACCCACUCUUCCUUACGUCGAGGGCAAUAUACAUUUUGGUGAAUGACCUCAGCCGGCACCUGCACGAUAAAGCAAAAUCAGUUAUGAAGCAAGGAAUGUUCACGAAAUUACAGGACAGCUUUCGUUUGAAAACGAAUGCCGAUUAUCUUGAUUUUUGGAUGUCAUCUGUUGCAUCUCUCGCCAUUCAGGACAAAAGUAACUCUAAAAAGACGAAAUCUGACUUGUUGCCUGAACUUCCACCGGUGUUUUUAGUUUGCACUCACGCUGACAAACCUUGUGAUGGAGAAGAUCCUCGUGAGCUCGGCAGGAUGGUAUUUGGUUACCUACAGACCAAACCUUACAAGAUCCACCUACAUGAUGUCUUUGUUGUGGAUAAUACCAAGUCUGGCUAUGAAUUGGAAUGUCCAGAAGUCUUGCGCCUGCGCCAGGAAAUACGUGCCGUCGCUAAGGAGCUACCUCACAUGAAGGAAGCAGUUCCAAUCAAGUGGCUUAAGUUUGAAAAAGAAAUACAAGCCAAGAAAGAUGAGGGCAACAAGUGGAUUUCUCUUGAAGAGACAAAAGAAGUUGCUUGGGAGGUGUGUAACGUUUCUGACGAAGAAGAAUUUAGAACUUUACUAAAUUUUUUGCAUGAUCAAAGAGUUUUAAUACACUUUGAUGACACUAAAGAGCUGCGUAAAAUGGUAGUCUUGGACACUCAGUGGUUGAUCAAUGUUUUUAAGGAGGUUAUUACCAUUCGGCCAUUUGACAACAAGGAGAAAAAAUUCAAAGAGCUCUGGUCUAGGCUUGAAAAAGAAGGAGUCUUGGAGGAGCCUCUUUUAGAACAUGUUUGGGGUCCUUUAUAUCGCAAAGAGGAUACUUGCCAAAGUCUCAUUGCUAUCAUGGAGAAGUUCAGUUUACUUUGCUCUUGGCCUUCUUCGGAUGGCUCACGUGGUAAGCAGUACCUAGUGCCUUCCAUGUUAAUGUCACACCCACCCGAGGAAAUAAUGGAGCUGAUUGCAUCUGCAGAAAUUCCCUCUCUUUUUCUUAAAUUUGAGACUGGACAAGUUCCACCUGGCUUGUUUCCCCGAUUGGUGCUGCAGGUUUUACAGUGGUGCAAACAAGAAUGUGCCAGCCCAGAGCAACCUCAGCUAUACCACAAUUUUGUCAGAAUUUAUCGUUCUGAAGAAGUUAAUUGCUCCGUAAUCCUUCUGUGCCAUAUGUCAUCAAUUGAAGUCGUUGUUCAUAGAGGCAAUGGCGGUGACGAGGUGGCACAACCUUCUAAGUCUGCGAUUAGUUCGCCUGUAAAUAGUAACCAUGACCCCUUUGCUUGUGCAGUACUGAGGCAACUCGAAUUCAUACUUGGGUCCAUGCGAAGGGAAUUCUGUUGGCUACAGAAUAUGAAAUAUGAAGUGAGUUUCUUGUGCCCUGUUUGUUGUCAAGGAGGUGUCGUCAGCUACUACUGCACACAUCGUACAAAAGGCUGCAAGCAAGAAGAAUGCUUGCACUUCUGGCCCGAGUCAGAGUUGUGCAGCGGAAAGAAGAUCAUAGCUUGCACCAGAUCUGCAGUUGCCACGACGAACAGAGUGUUGGUGAAAGACUUCGAGCCUUGGUUUUCUCCUAUGAGAAAUCAGGUAAAUAAUUGUAGAUAACAUGUGACCGUUUUCGGAGGUGACUUCCUUUUUGCAAAGAUCAACAGAAAACUUGGAAACGUUGUAUUUGUCAUCAAAAGAUGAGAUGAGACCACGAACGCUUACUGAAAGCAGCAAAAGUCGGGUCCAUAGAGAUGAUAAAGGCACUUGUGGUUGGGUUCAGUUGUAACUGUUAAGAGAUCUGAAAUAUGCUAUGUUUCCUUAAAGUAAGCCAAGUAAUCACCCUAUCACACUUGCCUAAGGUAACUAUUGUAAUGAAUAUCAAGCAAAAUAUUUCUCAUUAAACGUACAACAGUUCAGAAAUGUUGCAUUUCCAUGAUGAUGUUUAAUUCUCCUUCUUUCUUUCCAACAGCUGACUAUUGAUAAAUGUGACUGUGGAAACUUAGCAUCAGUUGAAGGUAACAUUAGUGUAUAAGUUUUUUGGUGGUUCUCUCUAGAUAACGGAAAGAAAAAAAAUUCAUUUUGUUUGAAAAAUACAUUUCAUUGACGUACCAGAAGAAGCAAAUAGUGCAUGGCUAAGAAAUUGUCAUCUUUUAUUUGUUUUAAGACGAUGAGGAAACUUUUUCUGCCGACGAGGUUCUACAAAUCCGUUUCACACAGCAGCAAGACGACCAAACUAUUUCGCCGCAAUUAAAGGGGAGUCUGCAGCUGGAGGGAGCCUGUCCUGAUACCCCGGAUUUUGAGUCCAAAAGUGGUGAAAUGUUGCCUAAUCUGGGUAAAACUACCGGUGACUGCAUCUCAUAUUUCCCCUUUGGGACUUUUUUUUUUAUAUGAAUAUAACAGCUAAAAAUAUUCGAUAUUUUAUUCAAGCAUAAUAAGAAUAAAUGAUAUAGAAAGGUUCUGAGCUAUAUUCGUGUAACUUUGCUGGUAUCGUCUUAGGAUAUUGUGUAAUUACUAAUGUGCUGAAAAUCUCUGCAGCAGUCGUCAAUAAUUUCCGAAGAGCGUAUGCUGUGAAAACUUCUAUUUUAAUUAUCAUUGAUUUAUGACUGAUCUUUUCCUUUUGUUUUUUCUAAGCAACCACCGAAAUUUGCCUACCUGAUAAUGUUGAACAAUCCCUCCUGUCAGCGUCGUGCGACGCCAAAGAGAUUGUUCAUCAACUGAAGGAGAACCUGCAAUUGAACAAAGACGUUUUUGAGAGGCCAGACCAUGACACUAAGAAAAUAAUCCGUAGUCUGGCACAGAAAGCAAAAGAUUUAAAGAGGCUUGAUGUCUUCGAACAUUUAAGAGAGAUUGCACCGGCUGGAACUGCUGGUUAGUUACUUAUCUCGCGAAACCUAUCUGCCAUGAAACUAUGGGAUACGUGAGAGUGCUGCAGAAAUCAAAUCAAAAUCACGAAGAAAACAUAAACUCUUACAAAUUUUUUAUUUGAAGCGGAUGUUUGACCUGACGAACUACAUUUUUGAUGUCUCUUUAUUAUGCGUUUGCAGACUUACUAGCCGUGUCCCAAAGAAAGACUGACCAGUAGUGGGUUCAAGGUGUCUGUUUACGCUAAAACAAAUUUUCAUGUAUAUUUCUGAUGACUUUUCAACUAUUUAUCUUCCUAUAUUAACAAAAGGUUUCUUUUUCCAUUAUUAGGUCCUUUACUUCCUGAAAACCUUCCUGUUCAAGACAUGCCAAUCAUUAAAGCGAGGGACCUUACAAUCCGCUUAUCUGGUAAGCUUUGCGAUUUAUUUCACAAAUAGUUUUGGGAGAAAUUUCUUGCAAGCACAACUAUAUUUUAAUUCAUGUGCAUUUUUAAUUUGAAAUGUCAGUUCUAAAAUUAAAUUCCAAGUUUACACUUCUUUUUAUAAUAGACUUAAUUGAAAAUCUUUUAUGUAUCUUCAGAGGCUGUUUAUCAUAGUUAUUCAUAGGCGGACACAGUUAGUGUGUCAUUUUGCUCACUUUAACUGGGUGCCAUUUCACUCGCUGCCGUGCCUUUUCGCUAACUUAAACUGCGUAUUGUUCUUGUUGACGCGCACCUUUAUUUUUGUCGUGCUCUUUCCACAAAGGAAAAAUUUUUACAAAGUCUUGCCAUCGGACACGCCACUCUGAAGCCACCACGCACUGCCUAUUGUUAGGGUGCCAUUUUACCUUGCCCGUGCGUUCACCUGAUCAGGUCACAUUUGGUUGAAAAAAAUAUUAUUUUAUGCAAUUUCUAAUUCUUGAUACGUAUUCAGAAUAUUGUUAUAAGAACAUGAAAAGAAUCAAGCAAACAAACAGAUGAAAAACCCCUUUGAUUUAGGUGGCGAUGAGUGGAUGGAGAUUGCUGAAGGACUGGGACUGACUCCAGCAGAGAUUCGUUUUCUUGACAAGCGUACACUGGACCCAAUGGAAGCAGCUUUAGCUUUUAUAACUAAACAGCGCUUCGUAAGCGUGGGUGAGCUGUACGAAUUGUUGAAUGAACGUGACCUUCCUAUGUUGGCUGAUCUUUUGUAGGAGGAUUGUCUGACCUCAGCAUAUUUUUGAUUUUAGGUAACGGUCAUUCUGAGUUCUUCAAGGACCCUAUAUGCCUGAAUGUUUGGGCUUAUAUCUUUGUUUCGCCCAAAAAGAAAAAAAAAAAGAAAAAAAAAAAACUAGGAAGUGAGGUUUAAAACCCUUCAUUAUUAUGCUGGGGAUCCGCUAGAAGGCUUUAGAACUGAUACACUUGGUAAUAUUAGGGACUCUAGCUUUAUGUAUUAUACUUUUGAGGAGUUUUUCGUUCGGUUCUAUGCCUUGUCUGUUAGACAUAGGACUGCCAACCAUUUGCCCAUUGCUAUUCGGUCAUCGUUAGUCGUACGCGAGAUUAACAAAAUUGAACCACCGCAAAGCGGGACUCCGCUUUGUUUAUCACAGAUAUGAUCACGGACCGAAUUAGACGACACUAGGUCUUGUUGCCAAGUAAUCCUAACCAUUGCAAUUUCCGAGAAAAAUAAAGUGGAUUAAUUGAAAGAGGGGCUCGUUAUUCUUAUUUUGAAACACAUUACCUCAUGGAGAGGAACAUUGAAAAGCUCUAAACAUAGUGUCUCCAGCUUGGGAUGGUAAGCCAUUGCCAUGGUUAUUCGAAUCAAUUCAGUGAUCGAUGGAUUCAUUUGAGUAUACCAAUUUGAUCGAUCACACUGUCCAAGUACAACUCUACAGAUUUAUUAGUAAGAAAUAAAGGAGUUCAUCCACCGAUCACAUUCGAAGAAAUUGUAAUGGUUAUAAUUUGUGAUAUAAGGAAAACUUGCUCAAGGCGUUUUAUAGAGUACUCGAUAUAGUAAGAUUUGGGUAAUGUUUGGUAAAGGACUGGUAUAUCCAUUUAAGUAAAAUGACAUAGUGGAGAUGGAGUAUCACUGCUUUAAGAAUUUCUGAUUCAUUUUUGUUGGCUAUAAAGUUAAUGAAAGGACCUAGAAGUUUCAAAGCGAAAUAUGCUUCUUUGAAAAGUUAUUGCGUCGAUGAAAUUUAGAUUCUUACCUCAUAGUAUUUCAAUACAGUUAAUGUCUGAUGAAUCUGAUGUUUUAAAUGUAAAGGUAAACUAAUCGUAUAUGAGAGAUACUUACUUAAGUACCAAAAGUUACAUGAAGCGCGAAAUUCGAAAAGAGUAAUGUUGUUCUCUGAGGAAAUGAAUGAAGCUAUUCACAGAUUUUUAAUUAAGUAACGUUUGCAUUUCAAUGGUUGCACUCAGUUCUCAAAAUCAUGAUUAAAUAAGCGCUUGCCAUCGGUCACAGCGGUUUACGUUUGAAAGCGAACUAAGGCUUGGUUGAUCUUCUGGAGAAAAAAAAUUCAUUUCUUGCCUCUUUGAGGAAAGCUUUUAAGAUAUUACGCAUAUCUGAAAUGAAUUAGACUUUUCGAUGUAGUUUGCCAAAAGUAAACCUUUUGGAGUGUUUAUUAUUUGUGCUGUUGACUUGUUGUGGCGUGAUCACCAUUAUUUCCCCCGCAAAGAAUUCCUUCUAACUAUAUCAGAACGCUAGAGGCCGUCUGAUUUCAAGGGGUUUCCGACACAGCACGCAGAUUCGCCAACAAUAAAGGGUUGUGCUUGGAAUUCCAUCCUCCUGGAUAUGUAGUAACGUGUGAACAACUUUGUUAUCUUGGAAAUAUUUUUUCAAAUAUAUGUAAGGAUUCAUAAGGGAUACAAGCUUAUGACAGAAAUGACAUAUACUCCAGUAUUCAAGCAAUCUUUGGAGUAAAGUUUCGUACGCAUGGAGCUCAACACAUUUUCAGCGAAGCGAAACGGAAGGAACAGUAACGCAGCCAGUAACUUAGCAUGCGCAAAGAAAUGAAACGGACGGAGCAGUAACAUGGCCAGUAACUUACGCAUGCGUGUUUGUGCGCUUGCAUUUCAAUAGUUUGUUAAAUUUUAAAAAUUGAUGACUUUCCCUUAAUUUGUUGAGACUUUCUUGGGUACAUUCUUGAAAUCCCACAAAUAUUGAAAGCUACUUUUAUUUACAAGAGAACUCACCCGGAAAGAUAGUUUUCUCUGGUGGGCCCUCGAAAAGCUAGAUCACAUAAUACAAACUAAUUUAAGAACAGGUGCAGCACUCGGAGUCUGGAUGAUAUGCACAAGAUUUGAGGUAUAUGUUUGUAGUUACGUCGAGUAGUCCUCCAUGAAGGUUGAUCAAUUGUUUUUUUAAAAGAUGACAACCAGAGGCGAGAUUUCUCUUCGGGAUAUUGCUCAUAAGAUAACAUUCUUUCAAAGCCUUGCAUGUUUCAUUUGUCUGAAACAUUUGUUGUUGAGAACAUUAGAUGUAAAUAUCGCCAAAUUAUGCAAUAUCUGAUUUUUGAGCUUCAUUCGCGAAUUGCCCCUAGUAUAGGCAGGCCCACAGAACAUGAACAUGAUAAAGAAACCGUUGCGUGGAUUAGAAUUUCAAUUAAAAAGAUAACUAAAGAGAAGAUCAAAGGGCUCUUGAAGCCAGCUUAUUCAUGUUAUGGCUUAAGUUUGUAUUGAUUUCUUGGACUUGUUGAUUAUAGGUACGGUUGACUACGGUUUAUGUGAACUUUCAAGAAUUAUGGAAUAAAUUUUCUUUUAUCUUUUGGUAGUUGUGUGAUAACAAAACUUGUGUAUUCGUCGUG